AUGAGUAAGGAACAGAGAACAACAGUAGCAGGAGGCCCAAGAAGACCGAGUACAAGUUCUCCGAGAAAAAUUAAAAACCCAGGAGAUAUGGACUCCGAAGAGAAGUCCAUAGAAGAGAGUAUAGACAAAAUGCAGGAACUACUAAGAAUGGCCCACAAACAGAUAUAUGGAGCAAUGAAAAGAGAAGUAAAAGAAGCGUUGGAAUUUAUAACUAUGAAGGGUCAAGAUGUGUUGCAAGAAUUGUACAACGGAAUUAUAAGGGAUAGAAAUGAGAUGAAGGAGUUGAGGGAGAAAGUGAGGCUGGGAGAACAAAUGAACGAAAUGAGAGCAACAAUGAAGGAGGAGAUGAAUAAAAUAGCAAUAAAAAUGGAACAACAGCAAGAAGCAAUGAUCAAACAUAGAGAAAAGAAGAAAAGAAGUAGGGAAGAGGAUGAAUCCGUACAAACUAAAUAUCUACGAAUGAUAGAUUAUAAAUUGGAAGAUAUUAAGAAUAGAGAGGAGGCCCUUUUCGAUCGGUUUUCGGAUAGAACAAUGAAGGAUAACGAAAUGACUACAGCAAUUAUGGUCAGAAAGCUGGAUACCCUAGAGGAAAAUCUGACAGCAGAAACCAUCGAACUAGAGCGUAAGUUAGUAGACAGGCUGGGAAGGAGAAUGGCUAUGGAGGAAAAAAGUACGAGUAAAGAGAUUGAUACCGACCUAGCACAGCUAAUAAGGGAUACGGGAAGAGAGACAACCCAGGAGAUAACAAAGUCAAUAGACACCGUACUAACGGAGUGCAUGCAAGACAUACACAAUGCUAUAACAUAUGGAGGAACUGCACCCGAUAGUAAUACGGAAGUACUUAGUGGACUGGGGCGUCUCGAAACAAAUAUAAAGGAGAUAAUGGAGAAUACAAAGGAAGCAAUCACAGGCAACAUAAAAGAAACUACAGGCAACAUAACAAAAAUAAUUGAAAGAAUAUCAUCACAAGAAAACACAACACCAGUGGGAAUGCACGGGACAAACACAUACGCAGAAAUCACUAAAGGCAAAAAACAUCGCAAGCCAAAAACAAUGCACUCCCUUCUCAUCACAUCCAAGAAUAAAAAUGACAUGGCACAAGACGUAAUUGACAAGACCAAGGAGAUUCUAAAACCAGAUAAAAAUGGGAUACAAAUUGAGAGAAUCAGGAAAGUCAAGGACCAAAGAAUCAUUGUAAGUUGCAUAGAAGAACAAGAGACGGAAAAAAUUAAAGAAAAGAUAGAAGUAAGUGAGGAACUGGAAGCUGAAAGAGUGAAGAACAAAAAUCCACUGAUAAUUAUAAAAGAAGUUAAGUACAGAUUGACGGAUGAGGAAAUAAAAGAGGCUAUAAGGAAUCAAAAUCCGGACAUCUAUGCAACAAAACAGGAAGAUGAUGAAUUUAGGAUAAAAUAUAGACGCAAGACAAGAAAUACAGAAAAGUGCCAUGUCAUAGUCCAACUAAAACCCGAAUACUGGAAAAAGAUCACGGAGAAAGGGCAUCUGUACAUCGAGAUGGAGAGGGUGAGGGUCGAAGACCAGACCCCUCUCAUACAAUGUACGAGGUGCCUAAACUUUGGUCACGGCAGAAAAUUUUGCCACGAGAGUGCGGACAAAUGCAGCCACUGCGGAGGGUUACACCUGCGGGCAGAAUGCCCAGACAGAAAAGCAGGAGUCCCACCGCAGUGCUGCAAUUGCACGCACGCGGAAAUAUCGGAAACUGACCAUAAUGCGUUCAGUACCAUCUGUAAGAUUAGGGAGAAAUGGGACAGCCUCGCCCGCUCCACUACAGCAUAUGACUGAGGACAACACGGAACAACAUGCAGACAAAGAAAACACACACCAAAACACAACACAAACAUCGAACAAAAAACAUACACACAAAGAAAAACAGACAACACACACACAAAACAAUGGAGAGAUUGGAAUGAUGCACAUUCUAAUCAAUCCAUUGAAACAAAUAACAAAAAAACAAACAUAAAGUAGAGCAUCAUGAAGAUGCAAAGCUUCAUGGAAAAACCAAACAUACAAAACACAUAAAUGAAUACAAUAAAACCGGACUUGACCAAAUAAAUAAAGAGUAAUAAAACUAACUGAAAAAGAAAUAGGAUUACUACAUAUAUUUAAAUAUAUAUUAAUAGUGACCUUAAAUACAGGAAUAAUAAAAUCAGAUAUAUUAUAGUAAGAAUGAAAUAAGUAGGACUGGACAGAAAGAAAAGAAAUAGAAACAAGAAAUAAGAUAAAGGAAUACUAACAAAGAUAGAAACAUGUAAGAAUAAAAUAUCGAAAGUAAUGAAUAAAGUAAGAGUAAUUGAAAUACAAAUAUACACUUGUAACUGUAAUAGAAUAAGAAAAUGUAAAUAGAAAAUAUGUAAAAUAGAAUAAGACUUUGAAUGCAAAUAAAAACACCUAGUAUAUAUGUAAACUUACUAAUGAAGUAGAGGCAAAAAUAAUGUAAUAGAAAAACAAGAAAAGAAACAAAAACAUGUAAUAGAAUAAGUAAAUAAGAUAGAAUAAGAACCAUGUAAUUAGAAUAAGAAAGGACAAUGUAACUGGUAGAAGGAGAUAAAGGAGAAUGUAAAAGAAUAUAAACUGAAUGUUAUAGAAUAAGAGAAAGUAAAUAGAAUAAGAACUAUGUAAACUAGAAUAAGACAUGAUAUCGAAAAUAAAAAUAAACCCCGUGUAUGUGUUUAAACCCCAUGAACAAAGAUAAAUAAAGAAAAUAAAAAUUAUUAGAAUAGACAGAAUAGGACCGGCACUCCCAGCCGAAGGUAUGAAAGAGGAGGAAAAAGAGAAAGAUAAAGUAUGCAGCAUGAAUGUCAGUAUAAAAGUGAGAACUGGAAUGGAUGAGAAAAUUAGAGAAUAGCAAGGGCCUGCUAAAAAGUGGGGACACGUAGGAAAAAAAAAAAAAAAAAAAAAAACCUAACCCAGUUACGUCUCGCCCCCCGAGGAGAACAGAUCAGAAAACGUAACGCUCCGCGUUAAAAAAUUCAAAAAAGUGGGAAAUUCAAUUCUAUAUAUCAAAAGAUAGGUCUCGACGAGACCUAUCUAACAACGUAUCGUGAGUGAAAAUCGCAAAACAGUGCGGAAAGUUAUUAAAUAAAAACCAAAAAACCACCACGUGUUCGACGAAAAAACAAGUGUUUUUUAGUGAUAACUUUACAACCAACUUACGGAUUGCGGUGCAC